CUUUUCGCAAGAGGGGGGUCGGCACUGCUCCGGACCGAGCCAGCCCAGGCUUUGGAAGGCCCAACCGGCGCCGUUGGCUUGAUGACGUUUUUCCAACCGAACCGGUCCAAUGUAAUGGUGCUCUUUAGAGAAACGCGGAGAAGUAAAAAGCCCCUUCCCCACAUUGCCAGCAGCUGUUCUUUGUGUGUUUCCUACGAAGAACGGUUUCAAAGGUGAUGCGCAGGAAUCCGGUUCUGGAAGGACUAAUAUCAGCCUCUUAGCUAGCCAUGGCGGGUCAGGAGGGUGCACCCAGUUCAGGGCAUUCUGAUGGAGGCCUUUUCGGAAAAUUGAUGCAUACCGUCAUUGACAAUGUGGGCCCAAAACUGCAGGAGGCAAUUGCACACGUUGAGAAGCCGUCUGCUGAUGUCACAGGUGUUUCGCUGAAGGGCCUGACGCUAGACGCUGCGACGCUCGCUUUUGACGUCGGGGUCAAGAACCCAUACCCGGUCGCACUUCCCCUGCUUGAUCUCAAUUACAAGAUUCACAGCAACGGCGCGCAGCUGAUGGCUGGCACAUUGCCUUCCGCUGGGAGCAUCGACCCGCUUUCCACACGCAGCCUCCAGAUCCCGGCCGCCUUCACGUUCGCCACACUCUACAAACUCGUGCAGGGUAUCCGACCGGGAGCGCUAAUUCCGUACGUCCUAGAAGCCAGUCUGGGAAUCCACGCCCCAGUGAUCGGACGGUUCGACAUCCCGUUCUCGAAGCAGGGCCAGCUGCCAAUCCCGGCGGUUCCGGAAGUUGACGUCGAAAGCAUUGCGUGGAAGGACCUGUCCUUGGAUAACGCAACUGCAAACAUGCGGUUAAACAUCGGCAACAAGAACGACUUCGACUUAGGCCUUAAACAGCUGGCUUACGACCUCUCCUUAGGCGGCCACCCAGUCGUCAAAACUUCCAUUUCAAAACCCACGACGCUCGCGAAGGGCCAAAAGGGCGUGCUCGACAUCCCGUUAUCCUUUAACCCAAUGGACCUCGGGAUGGCGGUCUUCAACAUGAUUAGCGGUCACGGGGCCGGGUACGGGCUCGCGGGGUCGAUGGAUGUCGACACGCCGUUUGGGCCGUUACACUUGCCGUUCAAUAAGAUUGGGGAGACGUUAUUUGGGGGUUCCGGGAAGAAAGAGUUGGAUCCGAGCACGUUAGCGCAGGGGAAUGCCGUUGGAGCGACGGAAGGUACGGUGCAAGUUGACCCGAAUGCGAGGGGAAUGCAAGUGGAUGAGUCCGAGACGAAUGUAACGUUGGGCAAUAGCGGCGUCAUCUCGACGGGUUGACAGCCCGAUUUUCUAAUUGCAAGUCAAUUAGUAACCCACUGACGGUAUAGCUUAAGGUGUUAGGCCUUCACCGUGUCUCACAGACUUGCUUCCCAAAUCGUCUCGUCAAAGUACAGAUUCUGAUAGUGUAUAACCCGUUGCUUUUGACCCUUGCUUGAUAUAUCAAGAAGUUGAUCUGUGGUUAUAACUUCAUAGGCUUGAUAACUGAAUAAGACCUUUUAAUGCGAGCUUCAAUACCGUCCGGCCCUACCUGAUUCUUGUUGGGACAGUUUUAUUGGCCGCGCUAGUAGCCUAGUAGCCUAGUAGCCUGAGGUUGUUCCAGAAUUCCAUUUUUAUUUGGAAUUUGUACCAGGGUGGCCGCGCAUGCUAGUGAGAUUAUGGAUCAGUUGAAUUCUGAUUGUCGAGUUAGCUGAGCUCCACAGUGUUUCUCAUCAUCCCGGA